AUGUCGACCGCACCGCCGCCGCCCCCACAAUGGGUGCUCGACCUCAGCGCAACACCUGCGAAGUCGAAGAAUGCGUCCCUCCCCGACCCGCCAGGCUACACGGCCGCCAUGACCAAGAAGGAGCGCGCACAGUCAUCGAAGACGGCACGCAAGCCGCCAACGUCAGAAGAGAUGGACACGCUCAAGAUGAAGAAGGCGUGGGAAGUCGCCAUUGGCCCCGCUAAGCAGCUGCCUAUGAACGCUUUCGGAAUGUACAUGACCGGCAACACACUUCAGAUCUUCUCCAUCUUCAUGGUCUACUCGCUCUUCAAGACGCCUGUCAUGGCUGUUCUUGCACUGCAACGCACAUUCGCGCCUUACGAGACGCCUGGCACUUCGGGGCGAUUGAUCGGCGUCAAGAUUAUCUACAUUCUCUGCAACAUGCUGAUGUUGGGUCUCGGUAUCUGGAAAGUCAACGGCAUGGGUCUUCUGCCGACAACGCGAUCAGAUUGGCUGGCAUGGGAGAGCGAAAGGACGUGGUCAGAAAGAGCUGUGCCUAAGGAAUGGUUGUGA